GCUGUUACGCUUAUCACGCGCUUUUCCGCCAGGAAAGUCAUGUCUUGGUAGAAGUUCCAAACUUUCAUGUGGAAAGUUUCUCGCGUACUCUGUGAAUUUCGAGGACAACUUGUAAUUUUAUUAUGUGUCUACAUAUUGUUUCGUACAACAGCUAAUGUGUUUGUCGCGCGCUUUCGGGGUGAUCUCAUCAACAAGUUCCUCUUACAUCGGAAAUGCCCGUUUUUUCUAGAGCACGCCCGGCCGAAAUCUUGCGGGCAGCUCAAAAAGACGAUUUAAUCAAAAGAAACAUCAAUUCAAGCCUCAACGAUCUCGUCUACAAAGCCCUGGGAUCUCGAUCAUUCUUGCGGUAUCAUGAUUACAUUCCACUAUUGGCAGAUUUCUUGUAUAGCUUCGUAACCACUCUGUCAGGACUCCAAACUUUAGGCGAAGAAUACACCGGGAUUGUGCAAGUGACAUCUGAACUACGGGCCGUACCUUCUCCUUUUCGUAGACUGCUAAUGGUCACUGCCAAAGCUGUCGGCAGUUUUUUCAUUUUAUAUCUACUCAAAUACGUACGACAGUUUGUGAACAAAAACCCCAACAUCCGUCCUGAGGCGAAGGUCACUCUCGCACAAUCUUUGGAUUUCCUAGAGAGUAUUCUGCCACUUGUUCUCCUAUCUCACAAGGCUCUAUUUUACUUCACUGGUAACUUUUACGACUUUCCCAAGCGGAUCACUGGAAUACACUAUGUUCUGGUUCACCGUUGGUUAAGAGAGGAUCAGCCUUUGUACGGUUUCAAAGUAUUGGGUUUCACUGCUGUUUUGCACAUUUUUCUUCAGGCUGUUUUUAAUACUAAACAGUGGUGGCAAAGUCAGAAGAGAGUUGCAGCUGAGAACUCUGAAAAUGCAUACUCAGUCAUCAAGUAUAAAUGUCCUCUAUGUAUGGAUGACUUGAGGCAGCCUAGUGCAACUUUGUGUGGGCAUUUAUUUUGUUGGAACUGUAUUCUGGAUUGGGUGCAAGGCAAUCAGAGGUGCCCUGUUUGCAGAGUUGACAUAACACCAUCAAGGAUUGUCCCUCUUCAAAACUAAAAUAAUAUUUCUAAGUGUUCUGAAGCAAGCGCCAGUAUUUCAAAAGCUACAAAAGUUUUUGAACUGGUUCGUAUUCGCAACGGCUCCCUAACAUCAUGAAUACUACCAAAA